AUGUCGAAUGUCCCUCGCUCCCACACUCCAGGCGGCUCGCGCCUCAGUACCGUACCCUCGCAGAAGCCGCGCCAACUCUCUCACCUACAAGCGCAACUGGCACAACUGACGGCAAACAUGGCGGACCUGGAGAGUCUGAUGCGUAUGACGGCUGGUCAGGCACAGGAUAUGCGGGGAUUGGGCGGUUAUGCUGGCGCCAUGUUCAUGGCGGCAAGCAAAGUCUUGGGAGAAGAGACGGUCAAGGGCGGCGGAGCGGUGGAUGACAAGAAG